AUGCGAAUCAAUAUACCGCCCAUCACGAGGGCACUAUUGCUUUCGACCAUUUUCUUCACGGUCCUCUAUGCUCUCGCCCGGUGGAACGCUUUGUCACAAAAUGCGGGCGACGCUACCCCAGCGUUCUCGCCCUCGAUACCUUUCUUGACUCUGGUUCCAUCCAUGUCAGUCUAUUACCCCUGGACCAUAGUAACAUCCACAUUUGUUGAGCAGAACGUUCUCAACCUCCUUAUAAACACGACCGCUGUGUAUCUUAGUGGAAAAUACCUAGAAAGAGCUUGGGGUUCUCGAGACUUUGCUACCAUCGUGGUAGUUGCGACAGUCGUUCCAAAUCUCUUGGUUAUCUUUACUUACGUGCUUUGGGCUGUCGUUACACGCAAUACUACAAGAGCAGACACACCAAUUGCAGGCGCAAUUUCACUGCAAGCCGCCUUCCUCGUUGCCUUCAAAAAUCUGGUCCCAGAGCACACUGUGAGUCUGUACAAGGGUACCAUUAAAGUCAGAGUCAAGCAUUUUCCCUUUAUCUUUCUUAUACUGAACACCUUUUCCGGCAUCGUGUUUGGUACAGAUACCGCUCUGCUGCUUGGUUGGUACGGCCUCAUAUCGACUUUUAUCUACUUGCGCUUUUUCAAAUACCAAUCUGAAGUUGGGACAAAGGGCGAUGCAUCCGAGACGUUCGCUUUUGCCACUUUCUUUCCAAACGUUAUACAACCGUUUGUCUCCAUUUUCUGUGACUACAUCUACAACCUCGCUUGCCAGCUGAAAAUCAUAUCGCCAUUUUCGGAUGAAGCAAUCGCAUCUAGCAACGAGCAAGCAACUGCCAGAGAAGGUGGUCUUCCAGUCGCAAUAAACCAGAACCGUGUAGCAAAACUCGCGAGCAAACAAGAAGAGGCCGAACGCAGGAGACAACUUGCAUUGAAAGCCCUCGACGAGCGAUUAAGGAACCCUGCCAGCAGCCACGAUCCAACACCGGAUUCGACAUCAACAGUUCCAGCAGCACCACCAAGUGAGCAACCAUCCAUGUGA